GAGAGAGAGAGAGAGAGAGAGAGAGAGAGAGAGAGAGAGAGAGAGCGCGUUCUCUCCCGGUGCACUUGGCAGUUAGUUGCGGGCUGCUGUGCUGUUGCUGUCGUGGCGGUGUGGCUAGUCGCGGGGAACUUUAGCACACUGGAGCCCGAAGUCCCACUCUCUCACCUGCGCAGUUCGGAGCUGCCAUGGGUCUCGCGCCUGGAUUGACUAUCUUAAUCAUUCUGUCGGCCUUUCUGCACACGAGUGGCCUAUAUAUCGCCAGUAGCGUAGACUCCCUGCAGCAUGUCCUGGGGGAGUAUGGACUGGUGAGGCCCGUGAGCGUGGACGCAGACGGCCGCUUCCUGUCCCACGCCGUGUCGGCCGGCCGGCCGGGGGUGGGGGCGGGGCAGCCCCAUAGGCGCUGGAGGAGGGAGACCGGAGAGAACGGGGGAGGAGGAGGAGAUGAAGAAAGAGAGGAAAUGUACGAGGAGGAUGGAGGGCCCCGACACAGACAGCUUUACUACAACGUCACCGUCUUCGGCCGGGAGUUCCACCUGCGUCUGCGGCACAAUGCGCGACUGGUGGCCCCCGGAGCCAAGAUGGAGUGGCACGAUGAUAACGACAGCAACGGGACAGCCACGCGCUCCGAGCCACUGCAGGGAGACUGUUUCUACGUGGGUGAGGUCACAGACACGCCCGGAGCCACCGUAGCAAUCAGCAACUGCGACGGCCUGGUGAGUUUGGGUUGUUUGGGUUUAAUGCCUGUGUCCGCUGUGAACAGCGCCCAUCUAAUUGUCUCUUAACACUGUUUCAGUUCUGUACUGAGUUUGACAUUCGUCCCGCUCAAGUUUACUGCGCUGUAUAGCAUUUCCUGUGCGGUUCUUAUUGCUGAUUGGUGGUGCUUUAUCGAGCUCUGUGCUUUAUGGAAAUCUAGCUCAUUUGACUGGAUGCAUUGCAUUGGUGAUGUUUCUGUUUUUGUCAAAUCUGUUUUUGCUGUUCAGGACUGUGUAAAGAUGUUUCUCUCAAUUUAGAUGGCCUGGAAGGCCUGUGGAGUGAGGUUAUGAGUCGCCAUUCCUAUCCCAAUCUUUAGAUUGUGUGUGCUUAUGUGUCAACGACUGCGAGAGAGAGAGAGAGAGAGAGAGAGAGAGAGAGAGAGAGAGAGAGAGAGAGAGAGAGAGAGAGAGAGAGAGAGAGAGCGAGAGCGAGAGAGGAGCCAUGUCCGAGUUUCCAUAGGAACGCCCAGUGCGUAGACAGAGAGAGAGACAGAGAGAGAGAGAGAGAGAGAGAGAGAGAGAGAGAGAGAGAGAGAGAGAGAGAGAGAGAGAGAGAGAGAGAGAGAGAGAGAGAGAGAGAGAGAGAGAGAGAGAGAGAGAGGGGAAAGAGAAUGAACUCUACUGUGUAACCCCUUGACUUCUCUCUGGUGACUCAGCAUGCUUCCUGGUUGACCCCAGGGUUCAGAGGUCAUGGAGGGGUCAUGUUGCUAUUUUGUUGAUGCUCCUCGGUGAGGCCCACGCGACGUGUGUAGUAGCUGAGUUGUGUUCUACUUGACUCCACUUUCCACUCAGUCGAAGUCAGAGAGAGGUGACACUGAAGUUUGUUAUACAGAUGUCAUUUGAUAUAUUGAAAUAGGCUAUGUGAUUUGCUUGAGUGUGUUUAUUGAAAUGAUCAAAUCAAAAGAUUAAGAGUUAGUUGUAUUUCUGUUGUCAAUGCAAUGUUAGGUAGGUAUUUUGAAGACUAAAUGGAGUGAGCGAUGGGUUUGAAAUGUCAUGCAUGGAUAUUUGGUCUGUGUGUUUGUCUCGGGGGGUGGAGGAGGGAGGCCCCAAUGACCUGCAUUUUUUUGUCUCUGUGGGACUGCGUAUGUGUGUUUGACUUGCCUGCAGAGAAGAGAGGAGGAGAAGAGGAGGACAGGACCCCUCCUCUUAGGGAAUAAGAAGAGGAGAAU